GAUUAGAAAAGGGACGACCGGACGAAAGAGAGAGAGACCAAAUCAAAUCAAAUUGUUUACUGCCAGAAGUAACAUCUCCCACGCGACGCGAAUCCAUUCCUUCCGGCGCUCGGCUUCCAGUUUCCACGGCGGCAGCCUCACUGCUGACCGACGAGUGCCCCUCCCCACCCAUCCAUCACUUCACCCGCCGUCGCAGGGAAAGAAAGGGAGGGCGAAGACAACCACGGCCACACACGCCCCCGUCCGCGCUCUCUUCUCUUCUGAGUAGCUUGGAAGAAGAAAGGCUCGCUCUUUCUUCCCAAGCUGCCGCCGCCGCUGCCGCCAACUACCACCUCCACCUAACCCAAAGCAAUCAGUCCAUCCCAUGGAGGCCGCCGCGGCACCGACACCCGCCGUGCUAGACGCCUUCUUCGUCACGCCGCGCCACCAGCAGAUCCGCCCCACCGCCGCGGGUUGCAGAUCCGCGCGGCUGCAGCCGGCCCGCCCGCCGUGCGCGAGCCCCUUCGGGCGCGCCGACUGGCAGACCACCUGCGCCAUCCUCGCCAGCAACACCACCAGUGCCUCUGAUGUAAGCAGCAGGAAGAGCCAGCCGGCGCCGCGGGUGAACGGGCACAAGCCCCCGCCUUUGCCGCCCUUGGAGGCGGAGAAGUCGCCGCUGCCGGCGGAGCUGGAUCUGGCUCCCGUGUCGAACCUGCCGCGCCCGCUCAGCAUCAGCGACCUCUCCCCCGCGCCGAUGCACGGGAGCCAGCUUCGGGUGGCGUACCAGGGCGUCCCCGGCGCCUACAGCGAGGCGGCCGCCGCCAAGGCCUACCCGGGCUGCGACGCCAUCCCCUGCGACCAGUUCGAGGUCGCCUUCCAGGCUGUCGAGCUCUGGAUCGCCGACCGCGCCGUGCUCCCCGUGGAGAACUCCCUCGGCGGCAGCAUCCACCGCAACUACGACCUCCUCCUGCGCCACCGCCUCCACAUCGUCGGCGAGGUCCAGCUCCCCGUCCACCACUGCCUCCUCGCGCUCCCGGGGGUGCGCAAGGAGCUGCUCACCCGCGUCAUCUCCCACCCGCAGGCGCUCGCGCAGUGCGAGCUCACGCUCAACGCCAUGGGCCUCAACGUGGCGCGCGAGGCCUUUGACGACGCCGCGGGCGCCGCCGAGCACGUCGCCGCGGCCGCGCUCCGCGACACCGCCGCCAUCGCCUCCCAGCGAGUAGCCGAACUGUACGGUCUCCAGGUGCUCGCCGACGGCAUCCAGGACGACGCUGGCAAUGUCACCCGCUUCGUGAUGCUCGCCCGGGAGCCCAUCAUCCCGCGCACCGACCGGCCCUUCAAGACCAGCAUCGUGUUCGCGCACAACAGGGAGGGCACCUCCAUCCUCUUCAAGGUGCUGUCGGCGUUCGCGUUCCGCGACAUCUCCCUCACCAAGAUCGAGAGCAGGCCGCACCGCCACCGCCCCAUCCGCCUCGUCGACGACGCCAACGUCGGCACGGCAAAGCACUUCGAGUACAUGUUCUACGUCGACUUCCAGGCGUCCAUGGCCGACGUCCGCGCGCAGAACGCGCUCGCCGAGAUUCAGGAGUUCACCUCCUUCCUCAGGGUGCUCGGCAGCUAUCCCAUGGACAUGACGUCAUGGGACACCGCGCCAUCCUCGUCUCGCAUGCCCAAGGAUAUCGACAAUAGCAGGAGCCAUCAGUAACUCAGCUGCACGGAUCAAGAUCGCUACUUUUAAUUUAAGAAAAUUGUUAUUUAUCUGUUGAUAGAUUUAUUAAUUGAAAAUCCGUUAAAUUUGUGGCUGUCUAAUUUGCUUUAAAAGUCGUAAGCUAUUUGAUUAACCGUUGUUGGAUUUUUGUUCUUAAGGGGUAUUCAUACCACAUCCAA